AUGAUCGCCACCUCGAUCACCACCACCACCAUAAUAAUAAAAUCGGCCAUAGCUCUCAAACUCAACAAAACCCUGGGCUCCUUUGGCCGCGGUUCCAGCCCUGGGCGGGUGGAAAGAGUGCUGGCACGCACCGCGGGGGGAGGGGGCCGGGAGGGGGCCGCCGUCAAUGCCCGCAUUGUUCCCGCGCUUUUUGUUUCUACUGUAAUGACAUGUUGGAAGAGAGAGAGGAGAAAAAAAAGACGCCACACUGCGACAAGAAAGGGACGUCCUCAGGAGGAAAUGUGCUUCCUGUCCGCAGAAGGAGUCAAGUGGGGGCUGGUGGCCCUGGAACCUGGUCCAGCCAGCCUGAGGACGGGAAGCCAUAAGAUGGUCCUGCACAGCAGGCAGCAACAGGCUGAUGGCAACCGUGUUCAGAUGAGGAAACAGGCACGGAGGAGACACACUGCCAGGACUUGGCGUGAUCACCCAGCCGGCUCCAGCUCUGCCUGUCCCUUCCCAGGGCUGCGGCCCACCCUUGCAGAGGCCUGGGGACUUGUCUGCAAUCACAGGAGCCAGACCCUGAGGAGGCUGUGCUCAGGUGCCUCCAACACCCACCGAUUCGGCCAUCUCACUCUGUCCCUGUGUCUCCAGAGCCGUGAAACAGACCACCUGCACCGUGCCAGCAGGGGGCACUCACCUGUAACCAUCAAGCUGGGGCCAGAAGAAGAGAGAAGAGGGGCCACACUCUAGGAGGAGAGACAGCUCAGCCAAGAGCCAGUGUGCUGUAAGACAGGGCGCCCGUGAGCUCACGCUAGCUGGGAGGUUGAGGAAGGAAGGCUUCCUGGAGCAGGUGACAAAGGAUGGAACCUGAAAAGAUGAGGAUAAGUGAACUAGGCAAAGAAAUUGAGACAGAAGGUGGGAAGGGGGCUGGCAUAAGAAGAAGAUGAGUGGUGUGUGAUGGGGGGAACAGGCCAUACCCGUGUGCCAGAGCAGAGUGGGGGCAAAAAAGGUAGGAGAGGUGACCAGGGGAGGAACUGUGUGGGCUGCCAAGGGUAGUCAGGGGGGCUCCUGAGGACUAAAGGCCCCGAGAAGGUACCUGAACUAGAUCCUGAGGGCAGCAGGGUGGUCACUGAAAGAUUUUCAAGGGGUCAGAUUUGUGUUCUAGAAAGAUCAUAUGGGCUGGGUCUGUGCCAGUCUGGUUUAUUACUGUUUUCCCAGCACCCAGCUCAGUGCCUCACAUACAGUAGGUGCUCAAUAGACGUUUUGAAUCAAUACACGAACACCAACAGUGUACUUCAAGGUCAUGGUUAAUACCAGUUGUAGGACCUUGGGCUUCAGCUCCCUCAUUUGUGAAAUGGGGGUAAGGACACCGGUCUCCUGGGGGUGCCAAAAUGGUGAAGGGAUGGGGCUCGUGGCGGGGCUUUGCUCAGUGUCCCGCAUGGGGCCCACGCUCCAUAGCUGGUAGCUUUCUGCCUUGUGCACAGGACACACCGGGGGCGAGCCCGAGGCCAGGAGCAGGUGGGGAGGGGCGGGGUCACCCUGGCAUGGGGGCUAACACCAACGCUGAUCAAGGGCUUAAGCUCUUUGAGAAUUUUACUCUUAAAACCGUCAAAACAAGCUAAUGAAGAGGACAUUAUGGUCACCCCUGUUUUAUUGUCCAGGAAGCUGUGGCACAGAGAAGUGAAGUGAUUUGCC